AGAUAAGAUAAGAAACUGAUAAUAUUGUUUUACAUUAUAGAUAUCUCAAAGUCAAUGUAGCAUUACGGAGAAAGGUAUGAAUUACAUGUUUAUAUCAGGAAUUAUAAGUAUAGCACUAUUUUUAAGUUAACGGAAUGCUGCCAUUGCGCAGUAAAGAAAAGCAGUUCUUGCAAAACCGUUAGUGACGCAUAGCGCAGUAAGCUUGAAGCAGGAAGUUGGAAACACGUGAACUAACGAGGAUCAAUAUGAUAACUUAGCCGCCCACACACAUAAAGGAAUUGAUUUUUUAGACAAAUAUGGAAACUUUGUAAAGGAGAGGUGUGCUAUUGAAUUAGAAUAUGCAGGAAAACUCAGGAGGCUUGUCAAAAACUUUCAACCAAAAAGAAAAGAAGAAGAUGAAUACCAGUACACUGCGUGUAAAGCAUUUAAACAUUUACUUCAAGAAUUAAACGAUUUUGCGGGACAGCGGGAAGUUGUCGCGGAAAACCUACAGUCUAAUGUAGUACGAGAGUUACAUCUACUCGCCAGAGAGUUGCGAGAUGAAAGGAAGCAACAUUUAAACGAAGGUGCGAAACAAAUGGGAGUGUUGAACUCAUCGAUAGGUUCCUUGGAGCGAGCGCGGAGAUCGUACGAGCGAGCGGCCAGGGAAUCCGAGCGAGCACUUGAGACCUUCCAAAAGGCAGACGCUGACCUUAAUCUGAGUCGAGCGGAGGUGGAGAAACAAAAAGCGAAUAUGAAGCUCCGGAGUCAAGCGUGCGAGGACGCGAAGCAGGAGUACAUGGACCAGCUGCGCAAGACGAAUGACGCGCAGCGGCAGCACUACGAGCAGCGACUGCCGCACGUAUUCAAACAGUUACAGGACUUAGAUGAGAAGCGGAUAAAGAACAUAAAGAACUUUAUGUUGAGCUCCGUGGAUGUUGAGAGGAAGGUAUUCCCCAUUAUCAAGCAGUGCCUCGAUGGUAUGGAGACGGCAGCAAAUAGUAUUAAUGAAAAAGAGGACACAAAAUUAGUGAUAGACAGGUAUAAGUCAGGUUUCGUGCCGCCCGAAGACUUCCAGUUCGAGACAGCUUCGGGCGCGGACACGACCGACGCGGCCAACACGCACCACCACCCCGCCAGCCACCACACCGUGCGCGGGACCGUCUCCGGGAACAAGAUCAAGAAGAGAGUCGGCAUCCUCUCCAUCUUCAGCUCCAAUAAGAUUGUCGAGGCCUGCAACUCGAUCAAGAAUAACAUGUCUACGGAUGGAAAGGAGGAUUACUCAGACUUGCCACCGAACCAAAAGAAAAAGAAACUUCAAGCAAAAGUCGCCGAGCUGAGUAAACAGGUGGCCCAAGAGCAAGCAGCUAUGGAAGGUCUCAUGAAAAUGAAAGGUGUUUACGAAACGAGCCCAGCGCUCGGAGAUCCCAUGACUGUAGAAGGUCAGUUAAACGAGUGUUGCGAUAAGCUGAAGAAGUUGCGCGCGCAGUUGAACAAGUUCGAGGAGCUGUUGGCGGAGGCCAACAGCCAGGUGGGCGCGCCGCCGCUACACCCCACCGCGAGAACCAACGGGCAGGCGCCCACGCAGGCCACCAGUAUCGGGUCAAACAGCGAGUCUCUAUCGCGGUCGGCGUCGGAGUCGUCGGUGAGCACAGGCACGGGCACGGGCGCGGCGGGGGCGCGCGCGGCCGGCGGCUCCCCCGAGUCCGGGCUCGGCGGGGAGCUCGCCACCGCGCACCACGAACACGCCAACGGGGAACACGACCACGACCCCGACCACGACCAUGACCCCGACCAUGAUAAUGACCACGAGUCCGACUUUGAUUAUUACUACUGCGAGCCUGAUCUGCAGCCAGUUGGCUACUGCAAAGCGCUAUAUGCUUUCGAAGGCAUCGGAAGCGGGUCCACGAUGAAGAUGGAGUGCGGCGAGCGGCUGCUGGUGCUGGAGACGGACGCGGGUGACGGCUGGACGCGCGUGCGGCGCCACCACACGCGCGAGGAGGGCUUCGUGCCCACCACCUACAUCGCCACCACGCUCUACGCCGAUGCCAACUCGCACUAGCCGUUGCGGCCCUGCUGGCGGCCCCGGGCGGCCGAGAGGUCGCGCGAGCAGUUCGUCGGCGGCGACACGACAGCGCUCUCCCUGCGCUCGCACGUUGAUAUGUUUUGUGGCCUAUAUAGUAACAAGUAUUUUUGCUAUAAUUUAUCGUAUCGAAAAAGUUCGCAUUAUUUUUUUAUCGUGUUCUUUCUAUUCCGAUUGUUAUCCUGGCGUAGGCCACCAAUGAACAAAAACGGAAACAUUCCAUGAUCUUAUUUAUUGUGUAUAUUGUUGGUUAUAUGGCGUACAUAUUUUCAUGUAUGAAGUAUACCGUAAUAGCGUAAUUAAUUAUAAUGUGGUGUAACUCAUCUAGAUCUUCAUUGUGCCAGCUGUUUACGUAAUAAGUUUAUAUUUCGUACUUAUGAUAGUUGUAAUCUUGCUUUUAUGUUAUUUGCCAUUGAGUAUUUGAAAUUAUAGCAAAAAUAGAUAGUGUAGGUGUUAUGAAAUGUGUAAAAUAUGUAAACUUAGACUUACUUGGAACGCUAUUGACAUAUUAUAAUGAUUAUGAAUAACAUGUAAUAUGGAAUCCUGUGUCAACUAUCACAUGCGAUGUAUUGUAUAAUACUUACUUUAAUUGAAUUUUAUAUAGGAUAUUAUCUAAUAAAGCUAGCUAAAAGUCACGAUUAGCCAAUGUUAUUUUCUGAAUAUACGCUGUUUGCGGGAACGUAUAUAUAGUUCAUGUAUUUAUAUUUAAGUGAGAUGAUGUAUGAGAGUGAAGCAUACAAUUUUUCUACAAAUAUAAAAUUAUGCGACAAUUA